AUGAACAAAAAACGACCAACAAAACUUGAUCCCGAUCUAGAACUUAUUAAAUCUGACGAUGUUUGUGAUAAAAAACGUUUCAAGAAAGACCCGAAUGAAGACCUUUAUAAACCCGAAGUUCUCGAGAUAGAAAAAGGAAAGAGUAUUCUAACGGAGGAAGCUAUGUCAGACGAGUUUGCUGCUGCCAUUAGCAAAAUCCUGAAGAGUUCUGUCAAAUCGUCAGAUCAAAAUGUAUUGUCACCAAUUUUAUCACGUUCUAGAAGUAUUGAACGAGAACUUGACGAAGCAAAGCUUGAAUAUCGCGCGCGCAAAGUUAUUAAUAUGGAGAAGAAAAAAUCCGCCUCUAAAGACCGUGUAAAAACAGAUUUUGCUACUAUAGAUAAAGAAAGGAAGCUAAGAAAGGUUGCUACGAAAGGCG